AUGGCUCAACAGGCGUCAUCUGGGGGCCUUUUCGGCGCGGCAACGAAACCGUCUGGCACAUCGCUUUUUGGGAACGCUCCAGCAGCAGAGUCAUCACAGGGUCGAACAGUACAGGAGGCUAAAGAUGAUACCGCAGACGAAGAAGAAGAUGAAUACGACAUUGAAAAUGAAUCACUUGCGGCAGCCAGUCUAGAACACCAGGAAUCGGUCCAGCAAGACUAUGGACUCACUACGACGUACGAUUUGCCGGGCCAUCGGACCCUCAUUCCAUCAAACAAUAAUAGACGUCAUAUCCUGGCCGAUCUGGAUUUGAAAUCUGUUACCCUCUCCCAUAUCAUCGUGCCCAAGCACAGCGCAGAGGCAUUUUUCCGUGCGCAGGUCAAAAAUACACCAUCGUUGAGAAUCCUGCGCGGCAAAGUAGGCUUGACUGUUGAUGAAACGUUCCUCGGGACUGCAACGAUACCCAAUUGCACGCCAGGUAGUUUCUUCAACGUUUCCUUGGGUGUUGAUCCCUCGAUUCUGGUGACAUACGGUAAGCCAACAGUGCGGCGAUUGAAUGGUGGGUUCUUUACGGGGCAAGUGGGAGCUGUGUUCCGGCGCACCUGUCAUAUCAAGAAUACCAAGAGCGUCGCUGUGGAUAUCACUGUCUUGGACCAGGUGCCGGUAAGCGAGGAUAAGGAGCUUCAGGUUGAAAUCCUGGAGCCCAAAGGUUUGGAUGAGAAAGACGAUGGAGUGAAAUUGGAUAUGGAAGCGAGCCAUGGCAGCGGAAAGGCAACCAUGGAAAAGAAGGGGGAGGUUAAAUGGGCGAUACACUUGGAACCAGGCAGGGACGUUCGAGUGGUGUUGGAAUAUGGGACGAAAGCGCCAAGAGGGCGCGAGGUGGACUCAGCGUGA